AUGUCCUACAUGGACCCCAUCACCGCAACCUUCGAGGAUGAACAGUAUGCACAGGCUGGCAUCCCAGCAGGCGCCUUCGGCUCACUUACCCUUCAAACCUGCAAGCCAUAUACGAGUUCAACUUCGAGUCGCCGGGUCAAGGGCCCAAAAUACCCGCUCGUUCUCUUUUCACCUGGCCUGGGGAAUACUCGACUCUUGUACAGUGCUAAGGCCCAGCAACUGUCCAGCACUGGCUACAUAGUCGUAACCGUCGACCAUCCCUAUGACGCAGGCAUCGUAACAUUCCCUGAAAAUACCACAAUCCUCGCCGCAAACAUUACAACAGAUACCCAAAUUGUGGAUGACUUGAACAUCCGCGUGAGAGACUUAUCCUUCGUCCUGGACCAGCUCCACCGUCCAUCCAUCAUCUCAAAGCUCAUCGUCGGCCAAACAUGUGGGUUAGAUACCUCUAAAGUGGGAAUCUACGGUCACUCCCUUGGCGGCGCCACCGCAGCUGAGGCUAUGCUUUUCGAUUCCCGUCUCAAGGGGGGUAUCAAUCUGGACGGUACACUUUUCGGCUCUGUUAUCAACCGGGGAUUGGAUAAGCCCUUCAUGAUUAUGGCUCAUGAAGGGAAGAAUUUGACAACUGAUGUGACUUGGGGCGCUCUGUGGCCAAAGUUGAAGGGUAUCAGGAGACGAUUUAUGCUGAAUGGGAGUACACAUGGUACAUUCACAGAUUUGGCGCAGGCUGCUGAUAUAAUUGGUCUGAGAGAGGAAUUUCCGACACAGGCGGCCGCAUUAUUAGGGAGUAUUGAAGGGGUCUUCCUAUAUUGCAACAAGUCCCAGGCUACGCUAGAAACCACAAUACUGAAUAUGGCCAUCUCCAAGGUGGCACUGGCCGGUAAAGGCCGACUCGGCUCUGUUGUCCUCGAUGAACUCCUCAAAACCGGCUUCGAUGUGACAGUCAUAACGCGUUCCGCACCGUCGCUCAGGAAUAUUCCAGACGGUGUCCAAGUCCUUGAGGUAGACUAUACAUCGCAAGGCUCCCUACAAGCCGCACUCAUGGGCCACGAGGCCGUAGUUUCGACAGUGGCCGGUGUCGCAGUCGCUACUCAGAAGCCCCUCAUCGACGCGGCAAUCGCCAGCGGCGUAAAACACUUCAUCCCAGCGGACUACGCCAUGAGCCUGAGGAAUCCGGGAGUGCGACUGCUGCCACCGUAUACCGAUGUUUUGGAAAUCGAGAAGUACCUCCGAGCGAGAUCCGACCAGAUCUCAUGGACGAUUGUCGCCUGCGGCGGGUUCUUGGAAUACGUGUUCGACCUGCCAUUUAUGAUCGACGUGGCGCACCGCCGGAUUGAUAUCGUGAAUGGGGGUAAUGUCCCUUUCAGUAUCUCGGACUUUGGGACCGUGGCGAGGGCCAUUUCUGGUGUGCUAAAACAGCCGGGGCGUGUUGUUGGGCACUGCGUGCAGGUCCAUGGUAUGCUGGUUACGCAGAACGAGGUGCUGGAGAUUGCGAAGAAAUAUUCCUCGGACCCAGGGUCCUGGGUAGUGAGCGAGAAGGACGCCCGCGUCAAAUUUGAAGAAGGCUUGGAUAUGCUGAAGAGGGGCGAGUAUACUAUGACGGCAGUGUCGACGCUGAUGGCGGGAGUAGUGUGGGAUUCUAAUUAUCAGACGGGAUUUCAGGAGACGGACAAUGAGUGGUUGGGGGUUGAAGCGUUAAGCAAAGAACGUCUCAAGGAGACUAUUAGGGGUAAAGUGCUUGGCGGUGUUUCUGGGAUUGCUGCAGACAAGAUUGUAUCUAAUGUCUAA